AUGAAUUAUGACUAUCUCAACUCACCACAAAAGAAAGGAAGAUUCAACAUCGCCAUGGUAUCAGAUUUUUGUUACCCGAAUGUUGGCGGUGUAGAAAGUCAUAUUUUUGCUUUAUCUCAAUGCCUUAUUCGACGUGGUCAUAGAGUUAUUAUAAUCACUCACUCUUAUGGUUCUGAAGGUGGUCAACGUCAAGGUGUAAGAUAUUUGCCACGUGGACUUAAAGUUUAUUAUAUUCCAAUUCAACCGUUUUAUAAACAGUCAAUUUUCAUCACAGUUCUGGGCACAUUACCAAUAAUUCGUGAAAUAGUAAUACGUGAACAGAUUGAUAUUGUACAUGGACAUUCAAUAUUUUCUCCUUUAGCCUGUGAAGCUGCAAUUCACGCACAGAGCCUUGGCUGUCGAACUGUUCAUACAGAGCACUCACUUUUCGGUUUUUCAGAUUUGUCAGCAAUAAUUAUGAAUAAAGUAAUGGAAGGUGUAUUUACAGCUGUAGACCAAGUUAUCUGUGUUUCACAUACUACCAAAGAAAAUGUAGUUCUUCGAGCUAAAUAUGAUGCUGAUCGAGUUUUUGUAAUUCCUAAUGCAGUGGAUGCCUCUGCGUUUAUUCCUGACCCGUCUUGUCGUGAUCCUAAUUACAUUACUAUUGUUGUGGUUUCUCGCUUAGUUUACCGAAAAGGUCUUGAUUUAUUGGUUGCCAUCAUCCCGUCAUUAUGUUCUCUGUUUCCGGAAUUAAGAUUUCUUAUAGGUGGUGAUGGACCUAAAAGACUUGAACUAGAAGAGAUACGCGAACAGUAUCAAUUACAUUCACGUGUAAAAUUGUUAGGAGGUUUACAACCUCAUGAAGUUCGGCCUCUUUUAAUACAAGGUGAUAUCUUUCUAAAUACUUCUCUUACUGAAGCAUUUUGUAUAGCAAUUCUUGAAGCAGUUUCAUGUGGCUUAAUGGUUAUCAGUACAGCUGUUGGGGGACUUCCCGAAGUUUUACCCGAGCAUUUUAUUAGACUUGCACCAGCAAACGCUUCAGAAUUAGCAACUAUUGUUGCAGAUUCUAUUAUUCAAGUUCGGCGGCAACGCGAGGAUUCGAAACUUACAACUCAUGAACAAGAAGCUAUGGAUAAUUUAACCUCAGACAAGGUGAACAUAUGUACAUCACCUCCGAAUCCUCUUUGUCGAUUUUCAUUGGUCGCCGAUCCAUCUACACACUUUGAUGGUACGGAAUGUAAUUGUAAUUCACUUAAUGAUCAUUGUUGGCAUAUGCAUAAAUGGAUUCGUAGUAUGUAUUGUUGGCCUCUAGUUGCUAAACGUACGGAAAAAGUCUAUUCUGCUGCUAUGUCUAAACCACCUGUUUCACUACACGACAGAAUCUCAAGAUUGUACCAACUUGGUCCACUUACUGGGAAAAUAACAUGUUUUUCCGCUAUUUUACACUGGCUUCUUCUUCAAUUUAUAUCAUGGCUUAGACCUGAACAGAUAAUCGAUAUAAUGCCAUCACUUGAAACACCUAUAGAAGAUUUCAGUGAUAGUGAAUGUGAGGAUUUUUCUGUUGAUUCACACAAAUAA